AUGCAGCACAGCCCACGCGAUACCAGCACAGACGAAAGCGAUGACCUCAGCAACAUCGUAACAAGCCCAGACCACCGUCUAUCGGAACAUCCAUCUAUACGCCCCCAGCCUCUCAGUCGACGCGAGACCAAUCUGGACGAAGUCGAACUAGAGCGCAUCAACACCUACAGACUCCAGCACCGCUCCACCGUCGGUUCCGGUAUUGGAGUCGCACCGCGCGAAUCCUGGCUGCCGCUCGGCGCUGGAAAACCAUAUCCACCGUCUUUACCGGACCCAGAACAAUACAUCGUGGAAUUCACCGAUGCUAAUGACCCCCUGCAUCCGCAGAACUGGCCGCUCGGCCGCAAAAUCGGUAUAUCUGUGACUCUCGCAUAUACGACCUUCGUGUCGUCUUUUGCAAGUGCCAUUUACUCAUCUGCGAUCGGUGAAAUCGGUCCACACUUCCAUAUCAGUACGGAAGUAGCGAUCCUCGGAGUGACGUUGUAUGUUCUUGGAUUUGCGUCUGGGCCUACAGUAUGGGCACCCGCAAGCGAGCUUAUCGGCAGACGAUGGCCAAUCUGCGUUGGGAUGUUUGGGUAUUCUAUUUUCACGAUUGGAGCGGCGACUAGCAAGGAUGUCCAGACUCUGAUGUUGAUGCGGUUCUUUGCUGGCUUUUUCUCUGCUAGUCCAAUUGCGAUUGUCCCUGCCGUCUUUGCUGAUAUUUACAACAACCAAACGCGAGGCGUGGCCAUCGCUAUGUUUGCCAUGGCUGUUUUUGUGGGACCUUUCGCCUCGCCAUUUGUUGGUGGCUUCAUCACCAUGUCGUAUCUGGGGUGGAGGUGGACUAUGUACAUUGCGUCGAUCAUGGGGUGGCUUGCUACGGGUCUAUGUCUUCUAUUCUUGCGAGAAACAUAUGCCCCUGCUGUACUUGUUGAGAAGGCGGCUACCCUGCGACGGCAGACUCACAAUUGGGGCAUUCGAGCCAGACAAGAGGAGAUUGAGCUUGACUGGGGAGAGCUGAUUACCAACAAUUUCAGCCGCCCGUUCCGUAUGCUCUUUACUGAGCCAAUUGUUUUUUUGAUAUCCCUCUGGAUGAGUUUUGUAUAUGGCCUGAUGUACGCUCUUCUCAGUGCCUACCCGGUCGUUUUCCAAGGUAUACAUGGAAUGAGUCUGGGUGUUGGAAGUCUUCCGUUCAUUGGGUUGAUCAUUGGCGAGUUCUUGGCCGGUGGCUACAUUCUUUGGGACCAGCGAUCCUACAGUAAAAAGCUAGCUGCCAACAACAACAUCCCCGUCCCAGAAUGGAGACUUCCGCCUGCCAUUUUGGGGGGUGUCUGCUUCUGCGUCGGACUAUUCUGGUAUGGAUGGACCGGGUGGACGAAGUCAAUUCAUUGGAUGGCCCCAACCGCCAGCGGGAUUGUGACUGGCUUUGGAAUCUACGUGAUCUUCCUGCAGUGUUUCAAUUACUUGAUUGAUUCAUACUUGACAUUCGCGGCAUCUGUUUUCGCUGCGAAUACCAUUAUCCGAUCUGCAGUCGGGGCCUCCUUCCCUCUCUUCUCGAAGCAGAUGUUUGUUAAUCUGGGUGUGCAGUGGGCUGGUACAUUACUUGGCUGUCUUGCGCUCAUCAUGGUGCCGAUUCCUCUUGCGUUCAUCAAAUGGGGUCCUGCGUUAAGAAAGAAGUCCAAGUUCGCUCCAGUCUUUGAUGUUGGACCGAGCAAAAAGUCAGAAAGUGGUCCUGACUCUGUCUAA